GCAGGCUGCUGGAUUAUAUAGCUGUAGGUGAUGAGCCAACUGGACAAUGCUCCUACUGAAACUCUCCAGUACACCCUCCAGUAGUAUCCAUACUAGCGUUGUGCAUGCCGACAGCAGACCGCCACCACGCUGACUCGUUAUAGGGACGCCCCUUUCAGAGACUCACCAGCCAAUGAUAGCUCACACUACAAAUUACACCGGCUGGAGAAAAACUGAUCAAAAUGAACCUCUACUAGUGGGAGAAGCUGUGCGGGUGUUUAUCAACACGGUCUAACAUGAGGUAGACCUGCACUGGUGACAUUGUUGAGUGUGAGGCAUGACCUAGGCCUUGUGUGUUGAUGUGAGCUUGACAGAGAGAAGCCAGCCGCUGAUGAAUACUCCCUGACAGCCUUCGAUGCAGAGCUAACAAGAUGUCCCCCAGCAAGACGUCAUGAAGUAAGCCACAUCGCACAACAGAGGUUGCAGAUACUGGGAGAAGACAACGAUGAAUCAACACCCUGUUGCAGUAUUUCAAAGGUGACAUCAGACAAGAUGGAACUUCUCAUUUUGGCAACACUGGUCCUUGCAAGAUCUAGUUGCUAUGGAGAUGAAAUGGCAUCACACCUGCUGCUCUUGGAUCAGCUGCCAGAAGGAAUCAGUGCCAAGAACCAGCUGCCCCUUGUCAUCAGAACCAACUACAGUGGUUCUGUCCGAUUCCAAGAAUCUGAUGAUUUCCGAGUGGUUCUUAAUGUGACAUCGCCAUCUCUGCAAGAUGCAUACAGUGUCCAGGCAGACCUGGUACCUCACCGCAACGCUCUUUUACUGCAGGUGUACAAGAAGAGUGCCCCUGCAGGGUUCAGUCUGCUAUGGUUGUUUGUUGGGAUCGCAGCAGCGACAUUCCUCGUCUUUGUGUGUGCUGCCAUCUACGCUGUGUGCUGGAUCAGUUCGGAGCAGUGCAUGUAUGAUCUGGCAGAGAGGAAGAGCUACGCCAGCAGCAGCCAGCCCGGCAUCUACCGCUCCCGCAACAGCAUGCAGAUGGCGCUGCAGCAGGGGGACAUCGCGUUGCUGGCUGAGGAGGCAGACAACAUCCACAACGACGACACACUGAAAAGAGUUCCAGAGAUGCCAGAGGAGGAAGAAGCAGAGGCCAUUGAAAUGGAGGAGCUGAGAAACAAAGACAAAGGUGAAGAUUUUACUGACCGGGGCGAUGAAGCAUCUGUCAACAUAACUGAGAAGAAUCUGGUAAAGAGCCGCUACCAUACCCAGAGCAAGACUAUUCACAAAGAUCUCCUCAAGAAGGGCAAGAGGAAGAGAUUCCGGCGUGGCAAGCCCCACAGUGAGACGUAUGACACAGUGAUGGAGUACCCAGAGAACUCGUCUGAGGGAUCAGGGGCUUCUGAACCUGAUGGGGAGGACAAGGAGGAGGAGGGGAAAGGAAAACACGGAGCUCGUGAACACUAUGUCAUGAAACCAGGUCGAGAAAUGACCACCUUCCAUCCUAAACUAACUCGUUCUGCUGCAUCUGACCCAAAUCAUCGAGACAGCGAGCACCCCCAGCAUCCCAUCCUGGCACCGCCCCAAACAGCAGGUGCCAACCCCGGGGAUGACGCGACCAGACCAGAUUCUGCAGACCCUGCCGAUCUCACAGACCCUAACUACUCCCCAUUCCUGGUGCAGGCGGAUGUCCACCAGAUCGGUCUGGCCUCUGAGAUCCUCCGCAACCCCCCUGACAAGAGAAACACAGGGAACCCUGGCCAUGUCAAGGCGGGUGUGGCUCCUGUCCCUAUACCAGUGAAAGUUCCUCAGAGGAAGGUAGCUUUCUCAGAUGAUGAGAGGAAUGAUCCUAAGUCCUGUCAUGAAGCACUAGAGAUAUUUCAGGAGGUGUCUCGGCGCUAUGACCUCGGGCAGCGUCUGGGUGUUAUCCGUGAAAGUGUGACAGAAGACACCCCGUCCGAUAUGGAUGGAGCGGAGGGGGAGAACCGAUACUCACAGUCCAUAUAUGGCAGUAGUGAGAUAUUUGAGACUGACCUUGGAGACCGAGUUUACUUUGACAUCAAUGACUCUGACCUUGAACUCCCCCCAAUAGACUCUGGGGAUGACAGGCUCUCCGAUGGCAGUGUCCCCAACACCCCCCAUCCAGGGUGCAAUCCACACUCCUCCAAUCCUGGCAACCCACAUAACCACAGCAAUGGCGGCCUGGACACAAGUAGCUGUGGUGGAUUCAACACAAGUGGCCCCCAAACUUCCCUCAAACCCAACCUGAAGAACACAGGCUUCACAACAUUUGGUACGAGCUCCCCUCACACCAGUAAAGGGUCAGAUGAUGUUCCACGGGAAUCUGGGUGUGAGUCAUCUAGUCAGACAUUGUGUACCCCCCCUACCAGGUCAGCUGGUCCUGACAGUGAUUCCCCACCCCUACCCCCUCCCCCAGAGGACAUACAGCCCCAGCCUGUCGAGGCUGAUGCCAGCUUUGACUUCCCCCCUCCUCCCCCAAAACUGAUGAAGAUCCCUGAACAAGGUCUGUGGAAGCAGCAGACACCUGCCAAGGGAGACAACUACAACUAUGUGGAUUUCCAGAAAACAUCGGACAACUCCGACCCAAAGGAAGAACUGAGGAAACCAACAUUGACAGGACAUGGAAAGACGUAUCAGGGGCCAAAAUAUCUUCAUCUAACGCUCUUGUCCAUCACGUGUGUCCUUGGCAUCAUAGGCGGCGUCUACUCCCAGGCCUACACCAACACCAUCGUCCACAUCACUGUAUAUGCUCCUGGAACCUUCUUGUCCAAGACAGCAACAGUGUUUUUCCACAGGGACUCAGAUGGCGAGGUGUUUUACGAGAAGCUUGUGAAGGUGGAGAGGUUUGAUGUGAGUGAUCCCGUCUUGGCCAACUUACACUCCGAACUGUGUCGGAACAGUACCUGUGACCACCGCUGUGAUGACACUACCGGACACUGCAUCUGCCGCAAAGGCUUCAAGAUGGGGACCAAUGGCAAAUGUCAAGAUGUAAAUGAGUGUAUGGAGGGAGGGGCAAAAUGCCACCCCACGGCUGGGUGCUUAAACAGUAUGGGCUUAUACGAGUGUAUAUGCCCCGACGGUUUCUAUGGUGACGGAAAAACUUGCCAGGAGUGCCGUGUUCCGUGUAACCCCGGGACCUACGAGGUGCAGCCGUGCACCAACACCACCCACAAGAUCUGCCGAGAUUGCACCAAGGUGUGCCCUGAUGGUUACUUCAUGCUGAGGCCAUGCAAGUCCGACAGUAACUCCCACUGCAGAGCCUGCCAGAAGCAGUGUUCCUUUGGAGAAUUUGAGUACCAGACUUGCCAGAGAGAUACCAACAGAGAAUGUAGAAGUCACAGCCUCCUGCCUACCCCUGAAGGCUCACAGAACAUCAUCCUGGAGAGUCUCUAUGGUGUCGUGGAUCAGAAGGUGGAGGAGGAUUACCUCCCUUCAAUGCAGAGCGGCAACUUUGGGUUUACUCUAGACAGAGCUAGUGAUCUCAAGGUCAAGGUCACAAUGAAGUCUGUCCAGGCAGCUCAGCUCUAUGUUCCCAUCAACUCCUCGGAGAAAGGAAGUUUCCGAGCUAUCCCCCAGUCCGGCACCCAAAGUCAGAUCCUUCGCCAGUUCUGUCCCCACCCUGUUCCUGACCACUACAUCCUACAUCAUGAUAAACUGAUGAACAUCACCUACAGUCUUGAUGACAACCAGAAGGCACAGCCCUGUCAGUCUUUUGAGACAGUUGGAAAUUUCCCAGGCUCCUCUUCUGCUGGUCCCUCCCACUUCCUGUAUCCGCAACCAGGGCCGAUGACCGAUCUGUUUGAUGGAAUCAGAGCUGACUUCUUCAAAAGCUCCACAGUAUGGGUUGAGAAGUCCAAAAGGUGUCAGCACUAUAGCAAACGCUGUGAGGACUGUACACGAGACUGUGCCCGGCAGAUGACACAAAGUAGCUCAGAAUGUUCCGUGCUGGGCAGUGAGAGUGACAAUGGCUACUCCCCACGUCUCCGUGUUUGCUACACCUGCUGUGCCCGCAGCAACUGCAGCGACAUCUGUAAGGACUAUCACAAGCGACAUUGCCAGCCGCGGAAAUGUCUGAAGAGCAACUGGAUGGAGUUCCACAUCCGUCCUCAAUGGGACAGUAGUCGAAUGAACCACUUCUACUGCCACAUCAAACCGUUGCCACGACAACACCUCCUAGAGUUGGAGUUCAGUCUUCAAUAUCAAGGUCAAUCCUUCUACAAAGGCAAGGUCAGCCUGAAAGGAAAUAAACAGUGGGAGAAGGAAGGCAGAAUGAACUACAAAGACAAGAUCGUACAUGUGAAGGUGGACUCCAGGCUCGGGGCACCACCUGACUUCCUGGAAGGGGAGGUGUCCGGACAUCGGGGAAUCUUCAGGGUUGGCCAUUACCGGAACCAGGGACCAUCUGUCUUCUCCUCUGUGAUUGGUGGAGAGUCAGUGUCCAUCAGACCAAAGAAUCCAUUUGGAGAGAUGGACACACCAGUGAGUGACAAGAACUAUGACAGAGACGUGCUGGAGAACUCUGUGUUAGCAACGGAGACGGAGGGACCGUAUGAGAUCAGCUCUGACCUCAUGGUGGUCACCUACCUCAAUGACACCUUCCCCUACCAUGUGACUCACAAGAACGCUGCACCACACCUGGAGGUUAGCCUGCCAAAGGAAGUGUCCAUCUUGGCCUCUGUGUUCGAGAGAGUCACUCUGCAGCACAAGACCAUCCGAGGCAGCCUGGUCAACAACAAUACACACUGGGUGGUGGGAGUGUCCGGCAGGGUCAAGACAUGUCCAGGCCUGCUGAUGAUGGAAGUGUAUGACCCCGGCUACCCCACGGAGGCAGUAUUCAAGUACUGGGUAGCCUUGAAGUGUCCACGCAAGUUCCACAUCAAGUUCUCCCUGCCCACCUCUGACCUCCCUCACACAGAGAAGGAAGUGGUGCUGAUGAUAACAGAUGUUGUCCAGACACAUCAAAUACGUAUCCAUAACCCGGGGCACUAUGAGAAGGUCAAGGUCGGCAUGGAUGACAUGUCAACCACUUCUGACACAGCCUCAGCUCCUGACAGUGCCUCUGCCUCAGACAGACCAGUAGAAGGGCCAGCUUAUGGUGUGGUGUUUUCUAUCCCAUACCUUGCGUCAGUUUGCGGAGCUGUCAUCCUCCUCCUCUUCCUCGCUGUAUUUGGACUAGCCCUCGCUCCUGAUUCAAUUGGACCAGAGUUACCUGCGCUUCGAUGGCACCACACCUGCAUGAUGAUUGGCUACGUCACGCUUAACUUCCUCUACAGCAUCGUCGUUACCAUGACAGUGUUUACCAUCAUCGUCCUUGCUGUCAACAAGGACAACUCCCAGUUCGUGUCACAGUUCAAGCAACAGUCUUUUGCCAAGACUGCCGUCCACCAUUUGGAGUUGCUUGCCAUGCAGCGCCAUCUGGAGGAGGAGAUUAACCGACAGAAUGAGUUUGCCAGUCUCACAAAGAUACGUUGUGAGGACAGCAUGAAGCCAGUCAUUGAAGACAUGCACAAGCUGCUCAGCCAGCUCCUGGAGAAGACUGCUGAUGUGUUUGAACAGCAGAACAUUGUCACACUGCUGAGUGAACACUCUCAUGAAGUCCUCACCAAGCUCUCACAGAACAUGUUCACCUUCAGGAACAACUUUCAUCGCUUUGUGCGGAACCUACUGGCUCAGCUCUCACAUGAUAUUGAGUCCUCACUGAUGGAUGUAGAGAACAACCGCUGGCUGGCUGGUGCACGCUUUCUGCAUGGCGCCGUCAUCAAUAUCCGCAAACACCUCAACAAUGUCUCCUCUAAACAGUUCCUGGACUGGGCCAACCUGAAACACAAUCUGGCCAGACUUACAGAUGAAAUGACCGUGGCCCCUCCUCUACCUAACAUUCCACACAUUGAGGGCAUCCCUACCCCUACCACCCAUCCCCCGGGGGCCAGGAAUGCUCGCAAUCUCUCUCCCACCCAGUCCAAGACUCGGAAGGUGAGGAUACACAGUCAUUGGUUCUACCCCUUUGGCACGUCAAGCACAGGCAGAGGUCAUGUGACCUCACGACCCUUGGGUCAAGAUGAUACGAAGGUCACGGAGACCCCGGGAUUCAUGUCAGUGUUCUACGUGUUUCUGGCUCUGAUGCUGUGUGUCGACUUCCUCCUCUUCCUUCAUCGCUUCUCCAAGACCAUCGCCAUGGGGAGACUACUCUUGUAUGGCUACCCUGAGUAUGUGGACUGUCGGGAAAAGCCUGCCCCAGGGGAGGAGGACAUGGAGGACGAUGUCUUCCAGGAGGACGGCAAGGACCAAGGUGGUGCCAGGAACACUAAGACCUUUUUAUCCCGUGCUGCGAUUGCUGGAAAGAAGUUCUUCAUCCAGGUUGUGUCAACUCUGUUCAUUCCAAAGGCCGCAGUGACUGUUGUGCUGUGUGUCAUCAUCUACACAACAGUUUGUGUCACGGAAAAGAUCUUCACGCAGGACAUGCUCAAGAGUGUUGGUCUACACUAUGACAUGAACAAGUACCUGGGCCUGCAACAGGAAAUGAUCAACAGCCGGAUCCUCUCUCAUGCGGAACAGAUCAACAGCGUAGAGUAUCCGUCUUACCAGAGCUGGAUGGUUGCAUACAUUGAGCGACACCAGCGCAUCCUUGAGGUGCACCGACAGGAGCUGGAGGCCAUGAGGUCGGUCCACAAUGAGACAUAUUGUCGCUACCUGACCCACCUUGGGAUGAAUGUGAAUUGUUCCGCCCCUGAGGACACUGUCCACACCUACCGGAUCUCCACACCUGGCUGUCGCUUUGCUCCUGUGUGGCCCAACUUCUAUUUCAGGUCACCAAGUUACAAGGACGAUAUUGCCGACCAGCAGCUGAAGACCAUCCUGGAGGGGAUGAGGCAGAUCAUCAUUAACACUUGUCAGACUGUUGCUGUCUUCAUGUCCAUUGUUGUCCUCAAAGAAUUGUUUGGGGUGGUUCUCUGGAUCUUUAUCAGAAGAUCUGGAUUUGUGAGGUUAAGGAUCAUCUUUGAAACAACAGAAGAACAAACAAUCCGAGAUGGCUGAAGUGCUCCUGUGGACUCAAGAAAUACCACUUAAUGGACGACACUGGUCACCUGUGCCCCCAAGGCUGAUUAUGCAUGUCUAGAUCUGAUUCACCUGUCUGUGAUGACUACUGCUCUCCUUCUGAUGUUAGCUAAAGAUUGCUCUGACUAACAGUCUGUUUCUUGUUGGGACACAGUACAUGAGUAUCGUGACAUUCCCAGCAUGCUAUUGUCAGUGUCACAGCCAGUCUGCUGAUGGUUUCAUCUGCUCACUCGUGACAUGUGACCAACUUAGGCUUCAGGGACUGCAGACUAUGGAACUGGAACAUCUUGGUACAGAAAUAGGAUUAGCAAAGGAUGGCAGAUUUUCCUGAGAAGUUGUGUGUAUGGGUGCUGCACAGGGAGGUUACUUUGAUUGUUAAUUGCCUUGCUGCACAAGAUUGACCAGCUGCCUUACACUGCAAGGGAGACAACUCUGGCCACCCUGACUUGCAGAUCCUUCAGUCAGCUCAACAUGAUUUCCCUGUGCUAUUUCUCCUGCCAUGGGCACAAGGCUCACUGUACAUGCGCCUAUUGUUGUGGUUAUGACAGUAAUCUCCAAUUCUGCUCAUUUGUGCCAUACAAUUUAACAUGUCUCCUGCAUGUGUGGACCCAUGGUGGGUUUGUGGUAUAUCUGUGUAUAGCAGGUAGUCCUGCUGUCCAUGUGAGUGGG